AUGGGUAGCUCAGGAAGGGGCUUAGAAAAGGCCUCGAAAUGGGGUCCUGGGGAGGCGACGGAUCAGAGCUCAGAGAGAGAGCAUCUUAGGAACGCCGCGGUAGGGCGGCGCCGCCGGCGGGCAGGCGGGCUCCGCAACUCCCCGGCUCUCUCGCCCGCCCUCCCGUUCUCCUCGGGCGGCGGGGGCCGGGACGGCGCGGCUCACAGCGGCGGUUCUUCCGCGCCGGGCCUUGGUUGCAGCGUCUUGGGAGGCGGCGGCAGCGGCGGCGGCAGCGGCCCGACCCGUGCGGUCACCAUCGUCCGCGGCGACAGGCGCUCGCGGGCCGAGCCCCUCAGCAGCCGGUGGCAGCCAUGGCCUACUGCGCUCGCUCCUCCCGCCCCCGGCGCUCUGCGGCGGCCGCUGCCCGCUCUCGCGCUCUGCGCCUGCGCGCACCGCCGCGCCCCUCCCCCUGACCCCGCGCGCGCCCGCGCUCACUCACAAUCGCCCCGGCCGGGUGGUUCCCGUGCCGCCCCCAGUACGUGGGCGGGAGACACACGCCUCCAGCGGCCCAAGCCGCGGGGCUCAGGCAGCUAUGGAGACGCAUACCACGCCAACACCUGCACGCGCACUGUGACACGCGCCAUUCUGACACACGUGUGCUCUCACACUCCUCAAACACCGGCAGCCACACGCGCUCACACCCACACUCACCUGCCGGGACCACGUGGGAGAAUUGGAGGGGCUGAUCUUCACUCGGUGCAACCGCAGUACCAAUGA